UGCUGUUUCCUUUAGUCAUUAUGGCCUGUUUCAUUUUCUCUUCAUCUUAUGCUGACAAUCGACUCAAAUGUGACUGUAACCUGACGUAUGGUACCAAAAAAACGCCAGGAAAGUCUUGCUUUGAUAUUCUUAUGAAAACAUCAGAACGAUGUCUUAAUGAUGGCAUUUAUUGGAUAUCUCUACAUUUAAACAAAAGUACGAAAAAUGCAUUUCCAGUGUUUUGUGACAUAAAAACCGGAGGAUAUACAAUGGUAUUCAAAAUUGUUUCUGGAGGCAACCAAUUGACAAGCAUUAGCAAAUUCUGGAAGCAGACGUCGCCUUCACAUGAAUCAACUUUAGAAGCUCUUAAUAAAUCUAAAUCCUUCAUUGGACUUUACAAGAAUCGAAUGGUUAACCCAACUAAUUGGAAGAAAGUAAAGCCUAGUGAGGUACGUUUCGUGCUGUACAAAGAUGGUUUGGAGCAGUUUGUAUUAAAGUUCAACAGUAAACAUAGCAGCUACAUGAACUGGUUUACGAAAAAUAACCUUGUGCAGUCACCAUGGCAUAAUAUAAAAUCCUCUACAUUUAACUACUUAACAAAUGAAGGACCUUGUUGGAGAGGAAGAUGUCGUGAUUUUCAUAUAAAUCACAAAUAUGGUGGAUGUCCUAAGGAUGAUGGAUGGUUAAGCAUUGGAAACUCUAUAGAAUGCCCAUGGGAAACACGAUUUCCAGGAACAUCAUUCAUUUGCAGAAAGAUUGGGCGACAUCAGAAUUAUAACGAAUACAGUUCGUUCUCUCGAGAUUCCGAUGUUUUGGCUAUUUUUGUGCGUUGAUUUAUUCAGGCAAUCGAUUAAUCAUUUUUCGAGCAAUCCUUUUGUCUUUUGUAGUAGCUAAUGAGUUUGUUCAUUUCAGUUUAAGUAUUUGUAUGAUUUGAAUAUAACUUUAUGUAGUUAUCAUGAAAUAAAUGAUGUUUGAAGCAUA